UAUGGCCGAUAGCUUGACGUCCAUCAGACAAUUCGGCCAAUGGGGAGUGUGCGGGGCGUGCCUCUGGCAAACUGGUGGUGCCGGAAGAAAAGAUGGCGGAUCAUGAUGAGCAGCUAUCUGACGACGAAAAGGUACGUAUAGCUGCUAACUUCGUAAUUCACGCCCCGCCUGGAGAGUUCAACGAAGUUUUCAAUGAUGUGAGAUUGCUGCUCAGUAAUGACAAUCUUCUCAGGGAAGGUGCAGCACAUGCAUUUGCACAGUACAAUUUGGACCAGUUCACCCCGGUAAAAGUUGAGGGCUAUGAAGAGCAGGUCUUAAUCACAGAACAUGGUGACAUCGGGAAUGGCCGGGUCCUAGAUCCCAAAAACAAAAUCUCUUUCAAGUUCGACCACCUGAGGAAGGAGGCUAGCGACCCGCUGCCUCACGAUGUUGACGGUGUACUGGAGGGCUGGAGGAGCGCCGUGGACUCAGCCGUCAGGGCCUACGUCAAGGAGCACUACCCCAGUGGCGUCUGCACUAUUUACGGGAAAACCAUUGACGGGCAUCAAACCAUCAUCGUGUGCAUCGAGUGCCAUCAGUUUCAACCAAAAAACUUCUGGAACGGACGCUGGAGAUCAGAGUGGAAAUUUGCCAUUUCCCCCUCCACCACUCAGGUGGCGGGCAUCAUGAAAAUCCAGGUUCAUUACUAUGAAGAUGGCAAUGUUCAACUGGUGAGCCACAAAGAAAUCCAGGAGUCCAUGACAAUUUCUAAUGAAGCUUCGACUGCAAAGGAGUUUGUCAAGAUCAUGGAGGCUGCAGAGAACGAUUAUCAGACGGCCAUCAACGAGAACUACCAGACCAUGUCAGACACGACCUUCAAAGCCUUACGCCGCCAGCUUCCUGUGACACGCACCAAGAUUGAUUGGAAUAAGAUCCUAAGCUACAAGAUUGGCAAGGAAAUGCAGAAUGCUUAAAAGAGAUAACACCCCCCACCCCAACAAAGUUGCAUGACUGGAUAGUUGUAUCGUCUUUGUCCAGAAAUUUGAGACACAGGGACGGUGAAGGGUUUGAUCUCACUGCAAGAUUCCACAUUGUUACACAUUGGAAGUCAACUUUUAUUGAUGUUAUAUUUUGUUUUUAUGCAAACACCAUGAAAUCCUUUGUAUAUGGAUUAUAUAAAGAUUAGAAUUGCUUUUGGAAAAAUAUGUCUUGAGGAAACAUGACAUAGGACAGGGUACUGAGUCGUAUGUGGGGUAAAGAUGUCCUGCUAUGUGACAGUACCACUUGUGCAAUAUUUAUUGUCAGUCAGACCGUACAUUGAGUUUGACUUUUGAUUUGAGGGUGAACAUGAUCAUUUUCUGGAGAAAAAUGUCCACGAUUAUAAAGUGGCUCAGAGUAUUUUAGAUGAAGUGAAUGUUCCUUCACUACACAGUUAAUGUCCCACACAGUCCAAAAACCGUAAAAAUGUGAUAUCUUCUGCACACACUGUAAAUCACUCCAUGUUCCUGUUCCUGUAUUUUGGUACUUCCCCUCACUGUUUCUCUCCAGUUUGCAGACAUCACCUGAACUUUGACAGGAAGCUCUGUGACAACCUUAACAUGCUUCAUUAACAAGUCGUGCGCAGCUGCAUAAUCUGCAAAAUGCCCAGUUUGCAAAGAAUUCACUGUCUCCCUGUGCUUCGUUUUAUUAAAACAGAGCUCGACUGUAUUAUAUAACAAGGCACAUUGUAAUAUAUAACUGUACCAAACAUCCUGUGUCUGCAUUUGGUGAUUUAUUUCCAUGAGAUUAAUUGUAACUCUGCCACAAUUAUGUUGCAUUAAAAGACAAAUUUUUUAA